GCACACAUAGAUAUAUAUAUAUAUCCCUACAUACACACACACACACACAAACAUAUAUAGAGAUAUAUACGUAUAUGUUAUACACACACAAAUCUACAUAAAAUCUAAGUGCAAACCAAUUGUGAUUUAAGCUAAUGACCACAACCACAAUACAGCUACAACAACAACAACCAACCAACCAACCAACCAACCAUUAACAACAAAAAGUGUAUAAAAAAUUUUUCAAGUUUAUUAAAUAUAUGAAAAUCAACAAAAAGCCUUGUAAAUAGCCAAACGAAAUAACCAAAGAACAAGAACUCUUUUCUUAUUGGUAAAACCAACCAAAACUUAAACCAAUGAAAUUAAAAAUCUAUAAAAAAAAAAAACAAACAACGAAUGUAUAGACAACGCCGUUUACACAACAACUUGAUAGAGCAAUGCAUUGCUAAACAACCGGGGGCCAUAAACUCCCCUUAAAACGAGUGGCCUGCAAUUCGGAACGGAACGAUCUCGAUGCAAAAAAAUGGCAACGCAACGCACUGGGCAGCAACAGCAGAAACUGAAAAGGACGCAACUUACUUGGCAAAGGCUGCAAAAGCAACAGCAGCAACAGCAAUUAGAAACAACAACAAAGGCCCGACAACGAUAUAGAGCGAUGGAGAAAUGAAACAAAAACCAGAAACGAAUUUUCCACUCAAAUUUGCAUUCAGCCAAAGAAAUACAAAGGUCUAAACAAAGAGGAAGGAAACAGCACACACAAAAAACCAGUGCACAAUAAGAAAGUCGCCAGUGAAAAAGGGGUCAGAGGGCAAACGCACACACACACACACACACGUAUAUACAGACCGCAGCACAAACACAAGCAUACGGAGCGCAUAAAAUACAUAAAACAUUCAACAAAUACACGGACACAAAAGAAGAACGACGACGAGUGCAUUGUGAACAAUUUUCAACGAAUUUCCAAAAGUCUACAAAACAAAUUUAAACAAAAGUUCAUUACAAAACAAAAAACCAACAACAAAAAUAAAAACAAAAAACCAUAAAAAUUUUGAAAUUUGCUCUGUGAUUUUCUAUCAGAAAUGGUUUGGUAAUCCAAAUAAUAAAUAAUAAUAAUACUAAUAUUUAAUAACAUAAAGUAUUUAUAAAAUAUAUAUAUUGCUAAACUGCAUUCCAAGCAACCGAAAACAAGCUAAAAGUUUAUCAAGUCCCCAAAAGAAAAGCUUUAAAUCCAAUCGAAAACGUAAAUCAACAAAUUUCUUUAUAUAAAAAAUUACCAAUCGAAAGUUUAUUACACUGCGACUAAUUAGAGCAGCUAACGCUAGUCAAAGAUACCAACACACACACACGUUAACGACCUUAGCGUUCAGUACCACAAUUCCACCAAAGGACAUCCUUAGACCGGAAGCCAUGGACGAAAUGCCCGAUCUGUCGCACCUCACUCCGCAUGAGCGGAUGCAGAUCGAGAAUGUCCUUAUGCGGCAGAAGCAGGAGGAGGAGAAACAAAACGAGAUCAUGCGUCGCAAACAGGACGAGGUGGUCACGCUGGAAAUGCAAAUCAGACAGCGCUCCGAGCAGCAGAAGAAGGCCGGCGUCGAGCUGGAUGCCACCUGUCACAUAUGCCUUAAGACCAAGUUCGCCGACGGUGUUGGCCACAUUUGCCACUACUGCAACAUACGCUGCUGCGCUCGAUGCGGCGGCAAGGUGACACUCCGCAGCAACAAGGUGAUUUGGGUGUGUAUACUGUGCCGCAAGAAACAGGAGCUGCUGUCCAAGACUGGCCAAUGGAUCAACAAGACGGCGGCCCAACAAGACGGUUUCAUCCGACGCAUCGAGCCGGAUGGGAGCAGCGACAUUUCGCAGCACCCCAUCGUGGAUCCACAUGACACCACAGACAAGCGGCCCAAGUUGGAACGGACACGCAGUGCUGCAGAGAAGGAGAAUCUGCCGAUGCAGCGGGCGGGCAGUAUGCUGAGGCGUCAGUACUCGCAGCAGGAGCAGCCCACGAACCGACGGCUCUCGGCCUCUGAUAGUGGAAUGGAUCCCAUGAUGAGUCCCGGCCAGCAAAUGCAGCACCACCAGCAGCAGCAGCGCUCCAGGAUGCAGCCAAUGAAUCCACAGCAGGCGCAGCAGGGAUACAGUAUGCAGCAGCAGCAACAGAGAUCCGGUGGUGCCUAUCCUGACGAUGAUCCGCGAUACUAUCAGGGUGAACUGGAUGGCCUGAUGAGGCAGCAUCCCCAUCUGGCUCAUCCUAGCCAGGUGCAGCCGCAACAUCCUCCUCAGUCGCAGUCGCAUUCGCAGCACCAGCAACAGCAGCAUCAGCAGCAAUCUCAGCACCAGCAACACCAACAACAACAGCAGCAGCAACAUCUUAUGCCGCAGCAGCAUCGCCCGUCACCGCAGCAACAUCCUCAGCAGCAGCAACAGCAACAUUCGCAGCAAUUUGCAGGCAGGCAACAGCAGGUGCAGCAAUCCUACCAAGCGCAGAUACACCAACAGCCGCAACAUCAGCAGAUGCAACAGCACCAGCAACAUGGCCAACAAAUGUCGCAGAUGGGUGGCUAUCAGAAGGCGCCACCUUUGACCCGCAACCUGACCAUCAGCGGUGGCCAUGCCAUGGACUCCAGUGCCUACAGCCAGCAGCAACAGCAGCAGCAGCAGCGACGAGCUCUGGCAGGGUCGCAGUAUGCUUCACAGCAGCAGAGAUCCUUCAGCAGUUCCGAGGAGGAGUUCCAGCAACAAUUGCUGGCCGCCCAGGCCCAAGCAGCAGGAUCUGGAGGAGUGGCCACGGUGACCGCUGGAUCGGAUUAUGACGGCGGGCGCCUCCAGGUUCGCACCUCUCUGGAUCCUUGGCGCCAGCAGCGAAGCCUCAACGAGCGGGACCUGCUCAGCAGCGGCGGCGGUGCCGUCGGUGGUGCUGACUUUCGCCACCUGUCACACGCCACCCAACGGCUGUACGCCUCCGCCGAUCAGCGGGAUCGCUACGAGCUGCAGCUGCAGCAUCGCGAGCGCCUGGAGCAGUAUCCGCUGACACGUACCGCUCGUUUGGACGUCCAGCAGCGCAACUCGCUGAACCGCAGCAACCACGAGCGGCAGUUUUCCGGCGGUGGAAUUGCCGGGGGAUCAGCAGGAUUAGGAGCGGGUGGUGGUGGUGCUGCUGGCGCCUACCGACGUGCCCCGCCCUUGGCAGCCGCCGGCGGCGGUGGCAGCAGCAGCAGCAGCACCACUAGCAGCAGCUACUAUCCACAGUCGAAGCCGCAGAUUGUGAUUGGUCCCGGAACGGGUUACGAUCGGGGAUCGGGGACAUUAUCCAUGGCAUCUGCAGCGGCAGCGGAGGCCCAAGGUCAGGCGACGCGCGGUAGUCAGCGCGGUGGUCUGCUGGGUGCCACACGAGGUGGCGGUGGCAGCAGUUCCGUUAGUUCCACGGAGGCAGCCUAUUGGGAUGAGCCAGCUGGCUCUGGUUCCUCCUCAUCGGCGGCCCAAGAUUCGAGGCGUUUUACUGAACGCAGAAUAAAGAAGACGGUGCGUUUUGAUGCCCAUGAUGAAGAGGCCUCCAUAUUGGCAGCCAGUUCACUGCCACCGGUCACAGGAAUUCUGCCCUCCACGGCUGUGGAUGUGGGUGCAGCCACAAUACUGAGCAGUGGAAAGAGUCUUGAGGCCGGCGGAGCUGACUGGUCGCGUUGGGAGGCCGAAAGGCAGGGCAGUCAGGACUCGGCCACCAAGGAUUCGGGCAUCGAUACCAGCAGCACGUUCACCAGCAGCGAGGACUCGAAUCGAGGAGAUGGGCCCAAGAAUCCGGUGAAUUGGCAAACAUCCGCGGACAAUACUCGCCUGAUCGGGCACAUGAUAUUGCGUAAAUACUAUGAUGGGGAGGAUAUAUUAGGCUUAAAGGUCAACGGUGGUCAGCCCCUUGGAACGGGUGGAUCGAUAGCGGGAGGAGGUCCAUGCGGGGCCAUUGUGGAGAAGGUGAAACGCGGAUCGGUGGCCGAUCUCGAAGGAAGGAUUCGACCAGGCGACGAGAUCCUCGAGUGGAAUGGCCGCGGGCUGCACAACAAAAGUGCCGACGAGGUGUACGACAUCAUCGACGAGAGUCGCCUGGACGCCCAGGUGGAACUGAUUGUGAGCCGACCGAUCGGCAGCGGAGGUGGCAGUGGCGGGAGCAGCAGCAACGUCAGUCCCAUCAGCGGUGCCUCCGGCGGAUCUGCCAACAGUGCACCCGUUCGCCGCUCUUCGGCCAAUUUCCCGCAUAGCGGGCUGGCCAGCAGCAUGGCUGGCAGUGCGGUGGUCAGCAGCGGUGGACGAUAUCUGCAACGAAAAGCUCCUGCUGUUGAGGCUAUCGAAAUCCAUCGGGACAAGCCGAGCGUGCUGAUCACCUCGCCCGGUUCACCGGACAUCCAUACCAGUGUUUCCGGACCGGGAUCGGUAACAGGAUCAGGACUCCGGCAACGUGGCGGCGUCGGGCAGACGCAGCGCCUGGGACCAAGCCACAGUACCCAUAGCCACAGCAGCAGCGGGAGUGGCAGCGGCAGCGGAAGCAGCACCAGCAGCGUCCACGCCCCCGCCUCUGUCCACGGCCCCGCCCACGCGUCAGCGUCCGCUUCCGGUUCCGCCCCUGGCGGCCUGCACGGCACUACGACGGCGGGCCACCAUCACCACCCGCACCAUUACCACCCGCACCAGCAUCCGCAUCCACAUCAGCACCAGGGUCCGCCCGCCGCCCACCUACAAGGCCACGGGGUGGGCGGUGGCAUUGGCAUGGGCAGCGGUUCCGGCACCACAACGCAGCACAUCCCCAUCGAGGGGCGGCUGCAGCUGAAGCUCGGCUACGACCAGAACACGUUGCAGCUGAUCGUGACCCUGGUCUGCGCCACCGGACUCUCCCUGCGCCAGAGCGGAGCGGGCCGAAAUCCCUAUGCUAAAGUGUUCCUUCUGCCCGAUCGAAGCCACAAAUCAAAGCGGCGAACGAAGACGGUGGGCACCACCUGCGAACCCCGAUGGGGCCAGACCUUUGUCUACUCGGGUCUGAGACGCUGUGACCUUAAUGGCCGACUGCUCGAGGUAACGCUGUGGGACUAUGUACGCUAUGGUGCCAACGACUUCAUCGGCGAGGUGGUCAUCGAUCUGGCGCACCACAUCCUGGACGACGAGGCCGAGUGGUAUCAACUGCAGCCCCACCAGGACACCUCCUAUCUCUUACGUGACGAGGGCAGCGAUGUGGACGGCCUGAUACUGACACCGACAGAUCAUUUAUCACCGCCGAGCACCAUGUCGCGUCUUAGUGAUUCGGACACGACGUCCGACUGCGACAUCGAUGGAAUGACUCCGGGGGCCAGCAUCUCGUCGAUGGGCAGCUCAGCGAGUCCGCCGCCCCUGCUAGAGCUCGAUCUAAACGAGCGUCGGUCCCGACGUGACAUGUCGCCCCAGGGCCGCAAACGGGUGGCCGGGAUGGUGGCCCGAGAUUACCGCACUGUAUCUGGCAUUGGACAAAGUUAUCAUAAUCAGGCCUCUGCCACCGGCUACUAUCGUCGCGGAGGUGGUAAUGGUGUCGGCUCGGCCAUCGGUCCUGGUGGCAUGAGCCUUAGCCAACGAAGCCAUUCGGCGGCACCCAGCGACGGUUACCACAGCAGCAGCGGAGGAGUAGGCGGAGUGCCCUCUGGCGGAUCCGCCUACGGCUAUCGGAGCACCAGUCCCAGGCGGGGCUCCUUGUCGCCACCAGACGACCGUUACAUAGACUAUCCAGUGCUUCCAGUUCACGGCUCGCCUAACGCCCCGUCGGUCUAUCAGGGACCGGGUGGUGCGUCCUCAGCGGCGGCGGCUGCUUCGCAGCAGCAGCGAUUCCAGUCGCGAUCGGCCACAGCCACGCCCACAGGAUCCCCCAAGAAGAGGCAACUACCACAGGUGCCGCAAACCUCUCGCAGUGCCAUGCUUCGAGAUCGACUCGGGCAGGACUUUGACGAGCGGCUAGCAUCGGGUGGCCGCUUUGGGCGGCACCGAACACGACAGCCGCACCACCAGGCCACUUACCGUAGUACCGGAAUGGGCGGCUGGGAGCGCCAUUACACGGGAUUGUCGGACAGCGACCUGCAUUCGAUGGAUGCGCGCAUGCGUCCAAGACAUUCGCUGUCGCCAGAUAAGGAUUUCAUGGGCGAGUUCGGUGACUCGGACAUGGAGUCGGUGGUCAGCGUGACCUCCAGCGCCUUCUCUACGCAGUCGGAACGACCGCGAACCUCGCGCGGACUCAGCUUCCCACGCAACUGGCGCAAUCUUUUUGGCGUCCGCAACAGUUUCCUCAGCGGAACCGGAGGUGAGCCCAUCACCGGACUGCGACUGCACCACCCGGAGCCUGGGAGGGCCAACACCAUCGAGGUGGAUGAUUGUGAUUAUCUGCCAGUGGGCGGAGCCCAACAGUUAGUGUUGCUGGAGCAGCUGGAGCAACUGCAACAGUUGGCUGCUCUGGCAGCGGCUGAUUCCCCGCCCAUUUCCGCCGGAAUCGGAAUGCCGACACCACAUCAGGUGCUGGUAACCGAUGCCAAUAGCGGUCAACUGGUGGAGCAGUUCUUCGUAGAGCCUGGGACAAUGGCCGAGGAGAUGAUGGAGCCACUCGAUCCACUCGAUCCCCAUGCGCAUUUGCAUCCACAUUCCGCCUUCUACUCGCAAUCGCCCCAUUUGCCACCACCGCCAUUCGACAUCGACAUCUAUCCACCACGACGGUCCAACGGACAGAAACCGAACGUACAAGCCACCGCCGCUGCCUAUCCGCUGCCGCUGCUGCCGAGCUUUGAGCAAUUCAAGCGCAUUACCACGCCCAUCACGAAUCUCUUCCGCAGCUCCUCGCCCUCGGGCGUCCAUGCCCAUGAUCACGCCACUACGGCGCCCAGUUCGCUGGUGGGCUAUGUGCGGGAUCAUCAAGACAAGAGCUGCAGCCACUGCCAGAAUGGAAGCCAGCCGGUGGUGCUGUCGACGCACCACACUCUUCAUCUGACCACUGCCGGUCUGGCGAUUGGUGCCUGCCAGGAUCCCUGCUGUCUAGCGGAUGCCCAUCCUCAUCCGCAACACCAGCCCAUGGGUUAUCCUUACGGGGGAGCCAGCGGUGAUCAACCCUCAUCGGAUCCGGCGAUGUGCGGCGAGUGUGUGGAUCAACACUUUCUGGGCGUGACGGGACCACAGCUGAAUCUGGGCGUGGUGCCCACCUACCAUGUCCACACGCCUACCCCGAAUGCCCAUCGGCGGGCCAGGGGUCAAAUGGCAACGCCUGCCCCUCCGCCCACACAAUCUGUGCUCCGUCUUUCUCGCCAGUUGAGUGAAGACGCCCUGGUGGCUGCCGUUCCCAUCUCAGAGGCAAAGGCGCAACCCACAUCGAUCCUAAAGAAACCAAAGCUCGAGCGCAGACGUCUCUUCCACGAGGGGCAAUCCCGAUCUCUGGACUACGAUGAUCUGCACACGAAAAGCUGGGGUCGCCGACGAAUUCGCUAUGAAGAUGAGGUGAUGCCCUCUUCGGCGGACUAUCCCUAUCCGCAUCCAAAUCCCUAUGCCAACCACUCACCCACAGCGGCGAUGUCGCGACGCUACGGAUCGGAGACCAAUAUUCGGCAGUCCUAUAUGGGCGCCAAUGUGGAUGCCAAUCAUCCAUUAAGUCACUCGCAUUUCCUGGUAACCGAUGACAAGAUAGUUACCAUUACCUAUGACUCAGAUGUGGGCUGGACACGACGGGGCGUGGCUCCUUCUCUCUUUCGUGGUGCACAUCGUCAACGUGGAUUGGCGGACCCCAGGAACCACAUGUCACUGGACUUGCAGCGAACCAGCCAGCAAAAGUUAUACGGUCCGGCGGCUCCAUAUCUAAAACGCCGAAGAAAUCUGCCACAUCCACCAAGUGCGCAGAAUGCCCACAAUUUUUCACCAAUGGAGCCGGGUUUUGGAAUGGACAUGCAUGCUGCGGCAGCGGGAAUGGAACAGGGCAACGGAAUGGGUAGCGGUGGUGGUCAACACAACACUACCGGUACCAGUACACACAAUAGCAACCACCACACCAACCACCACAAUAGCCAAGCGAGUAGUGUUAGUGUUAGCCAAAGUCACAAUCAACAACUACAACAACAACAACAACAACAAUCAGUUAGGCAAAAAGGGAAAGAAGGCACCGCCGCCAAUUGCGGAUCGAUGAUGGCAUCGGAGCAGCUGACGAAAUCUAGUAGUGGGAGCGGUGGUGCAACAUCUGCUGCCGCUGCUGGGCAUCUUGUCGUCGGUGGUACUAAUGCUAAUAAUGCUUCUUCUUCCUCUUUUGCAAAUCCCCAACCACCACCACAACUACAACAACAACAACAACAACAACUACUUCAUGGAUCACCCAACAACAACAACAAACGUGCCCCAUCAUCAACACCACAACAAAACACGAACACUAACAAUGACGCCAACAACCUGACGCUUGACGCCACACAACAACAACAACAACAACCACUACUUUCACAACAACAACAACAACCACCAAAUACAUGCACAAAUCUUAUCACAAAUACAACAACAACAUUAACAACAACAACCACAACAUCGUCGAAUGCAACGAAUGCGGCGACAACGACAACCGCAACAACAACAACAACAACAAAUGCUACAACAACUGCCACAAAUCCAACAACAACAACAACGAAUAACACGAACGAACCAAACGCAACAACAACAACCACAACAACAACGAACGCUAAUGCUGAUGCGGAUGCCGACGCUGAUGCUCCGCUGGACGCCAUCGACUGGGAUGCCAUCGAUGCGAUGUUGGACGAUGACUUUAGCGAGUACGACAAGGACAAGAACGGAGCCGAAGACGCCGGUGGCUCCAAGACAGCGGAGGGUGGUGGCGCCGAAGAUAAAGUCGAUGGCAGCCUCUCGGACACCGCCAACGAUCGAAAGAAGGGUGGAGGCGUCGAUCAGGAACGAUCCCCCAAAGGAGGCAGCGGCAUGGGCAAGAAGUCCAACUCCACCUCGCAACUCUCGGCCACAGGUCGUAAAAGACGUAUGGGCUUUGGAAAGAAGGGUAAGAACUCGUUCACGGUGCACCGCAGCGAAGAAGUGCUGCCUGGCGAUAUAACGCGGGAACUGCGAAGCGGUGGCGGAUUGGGCGUUAGCCUCGGCGGCGCCGGUGGUGCCAGUGGCGCCGCCGGUAGUUCAGGUGGUGCCGGCGGGGGCGGCCUGUCCCGCGGCUCGUCCUCAGAGGCGGAUGCCAUCGAGCAGUUCUUCGGCGAUGGCACCGGCGGGGAAAGAUUCUCCCCUUCGUUGCGCAACGAUGGAGCCCUUAAUGAGUUCGUGGAUGGCUUGGGACCAGGUCAACUGGUGGGUCGCCAGGUGCUGGGAGCUCCCUCACUGGGCGACAUCCAGCUAUCGCUGUGCCACCAAAAGGGUUGUCUGGAGGUGGAGGUCAUACGAGCAAGAGGAUUACAGCAAAAAGCCCAGUCAAAGAUGCUACCUGCUCCUUAUGUAAAGGUUUACCUAGUGUCUGGAAAGCGCUGUGUGGACAAGAUGAAGACCUCUUCGGCUCGUCGAACCCUGGAUCCACUGUACCAACAGCAGUUGGUGUUCAAGCAGUCCUACACUGGUUGCAUACUACAGAUAACCGUGUGGGGCGAUUAUGGACGGAUCGAGAAGAAGGUGUUUAUGGGCGUGGCACAGAUAAUGCUCGACGAUCUGAAUCUGUCGAAUAUCGUGAUCGGCUGGUACAAGCUCUUUGGCACCACCUCACUGGGUCGUCCGAUUGUUUGGGCCGGUGAAUCAGUCAUAAUGGAGGAGCCGGGCGAAUAACAGUUUCCAACACUAUCGACACCCAAACCAACAACCACAACAACGAAAACACUUUAAAGCACCCAAGCACAAUUCAAUUCAAGCGAACUCUAUUAACUGAACUGAAUUCAUAACCAUUCGCCAGUGCUGUCAGCCCGGCAGCCAAAUAGCAAAGGACCAAAGGUUAGCCUGCAGCGGCGGAUCCCAAAGAUAGAACGCCCGCCCGAUCCUCAUUCGGCAGGUUGCUGGCCUAAGCUAAGUCCACAUCUGUUUUUUUUUUUCUAUUCUACGGCGGAGGAAGACUUU